AUGGCGGCGUUUGGCAAGAGCAUCCACGCCUUGCUGGACACUUACUCAAACUGCAUUUCCUUGCUCAAGGCCUUCAGGCAUCGGGGCGAUGAGCCAAAUUCAACCACCCCAACACCAGAGACAGCGAUCUGUUCUCAGGACAAACAAGCCGUUCUGCGGGUGUCUUUAAAGGUGGAUCGUGACUUGGUUGAGAAGGCCUAUUCGUCAAGAGUUCGCCAGUCUGGAAACCGCUUCAGAAAAGGAGAUGCCCGCGCCAUCUCAUCAGUAGACGGUGUCUUGAGGAAGCUCAAAGAAGCUAUCAAGAACCUGCUGCGAAUCUCCAGCCACAAGCAGAAUCUUGACCUGGACUAUGAGUCACUCAUGUGUCUCUCCAAUGCUUCCAGACUUGAGACAAUCAAGACCAUAGAUGGCCUGUCCCGACGGCUUGGUAGCCCGUCUCGUUCUUCACUGGCCUCCCAUUCUUCAAGGGCUUCAUCAAAGGCUUCGAAGACAUCAUCCAAGUCAUCGUCGUCGAAGUCAUCCAAAACUUCUCCGGGUUCUUUGUCGACGUCACCAUCACACCGGCACAAACUGUCACCCAAGACGCCCGAGGCGCCCAAACCGAAGAGAGAGUCUGCCCAACAAGAAAAGAGCUCCUCAAGCAAGAAAGCAUUGCCCCAGCCCAAGAAGGACACCAAGGAUGGCAAAACAAAGAGAUCGUCCAGCAGCGAGCUAAAAUCUGCAACUCCGAAAGACCCACAACCAGCAGCACCGUCACCAAAGUUGACUUCGCCAUCACCAGAGCCAACGCCAAAAUCACCAAAAUUGACACCAGCCUCGCCAAACCCAACACCGGCCUCACCAAAAAACUCAAAAGCAUUACCAAAGCUACCGAGGAAGGGCUCAGUAAAACACGCGGAAAAACAUUCAUCAAGAAGUUCAACGGCACCACCUAAGUCAGCGAGUUCGCAAAAACCUCCAUCCUCACCAAAGCUACCAUCCUCACCAAAGCUACCAUCCUCACCAAAGCUACCAUCCUCACCAAAGCUACCAUCCUCACCAAAGCUACCAUCUUCACCCAAAUUACAACCCGCACCAUCACCACCGGCUUCUCCAAGCUCGAUCGAAGCAAUCACUGCAAAUGCUCACUUCGCCAUGGCCGCGAUUCCAAGACUCAGCCCCUCGUCCUCCCUCCACCCCAGGACAUCCCCCAACCGGAUAUCCAUCAUGUCCUUCUCCUCCGACAGCACUAAGCUUGGUGAGAUUCCUCAGCGGAAAUGGCAGCCAAGUCACAGAUCCCUGUACAUCACCACCACUGGCUCGCCAAGCGAGGAAGAAGAAGACGAGUACAACAUCAAGCCUGUUUUCCCGCUGAAGCCAUAUACGGUCGAGGUCAAGGAAAAGGGCAGAUUCUGGGGGUUGUUUGCGAGGAGGGGAUCUCAGUCUUGA